AACAAACUUUUCCAUUUGUCGUGUGUUUGACGAUCAGUUGUUUUGUAUCAGUGACCGCGUACAGUGCCGUUGUUCAAUUACCGCUGCUAUUUACAAACAAAAGAUGUCAUUAUAUAAACCAGUUACACACUGUGUAUUUGACAUGGAUGGUUUGCUGUUCAACACUGAACCAAUUUAUGAAGAUUCGGUUCGAGAAAUCUGUCGUUCAUUUGGAAAAGAGUAUCCAUUUGAUGUAAGAAUGAAAGUAAUGGGAACAACUGAAUACAACACAGCAGAAAUAACCAUAAAAGAAUUGUCACUGCCACUGACUGUUCCAGAGUUUUUGAUCAAGUUAGAAAAUUUGGUUGCAGAAGAAUUCAAAAAGGUGAAAAUGAUGAAAGGAGCUGACAGACUUAUUCGUCAUUUGCACAAGCAUAACAUUCCAUUUUGUGUGGCAAGUAGUGCAUGCAAAGAGAUGGGCGCAAUUAAAUGGAGCGGUUACCCUGACUUGUAUAAAUUGUUUUCACACUUUGUCUACGGCUCAAGUGAUUCGGAAGUAAAAAAGGGAAAACCAGCACCAGAUAUUUUCUUGAUUGCUGCCAGUCGUUUUGAGGAUAAGCCCGAUCCCACCAAAUGUCUAGUUUUUGAGGAUUCACCAAACGGUGUGAAGGCAGCUGUAGCAGCCAAUAUGCAAUCGGUUAUGGUUCCUGAUGCCUCGCUUCCAAUUGAAAAACGAGCCGAAGCUACUAUCGUUAUAAAUUCGUUGGAAGAUUUUCAACCUGAAUUAUUCGGGCUACCAGCAUUCACCGACUAAUUGUAAAUUCCCAAAUCAAUUUUAUAUUUAUUAUGUAAAGAUUUAUAUAAAGGUCAUAAGUAAAACAAUUUCCUUGUUUUGUUUGCCAAAAA